UUCAACUUUUAAGAUUCUGAUGGUUUAGUCUACAUAUUUGUGUUUUCUACUUUAUCGUGUAGUUAGUUCCUGUUUGAUCUUUGCGAUUCCCGUCUACAUCAACACAACAAAGAGGUAACAAAGGGUCACAAUACUACACGAAGAGGCAUGUAUAUGCAGCAGUCUAUUAUGAAGUCGCUUUACCGAGAUUACCAAACCAUCGAGCUAGAGUAGAGGAGAGUGUAGGUAAAACGCCCGCAUCUUCCGACGAAGAGACCAAGCCGACACUAGUGCGAGGGAAGGUUAGCGCAUCGGAGAAAACUCGACUCCUGUCGACUACACACCAACCAAUCCAUCUCUGAGCCAUCUCCAGCAGCAUUGUAGCAUCAUCAUGUCUUGUUAGCAUUUCUGCAUUUUAUCGGCGUUCUUCCCUUUCAGCAAAGCAGCAGAGAGACUGUUCAUGGAUCGGCAUCAGCGUAUCGUAGGCCAAGUUGCCUCUAAAGUCAAGGAAUAUUUCACGCGCAAAGAGCCCUUCCGCAUCUCACACGGCUCAACCAACAGCACACGCCCGAAUCUCAAAAGGCGCGUUGUCGACAUCAGCUCUCUCCGCAAUGUUGUUAGCAUUGACGAGAAAAAUAAAACUGCGCUUGUAGAACCAAAUGUCCCCAUGGAUCGGCUCGUAGAGGCCACGCUUCCUCAUGGCCUCGUGCCGCCUGUUGUCAUGGAGUUUCCUGGCAUUACUGUAGGAGGAGGGUAUGCAGGCACCGCGGGCGAGAGCAGUAGUUUCAAAUAUGGUUUCUUCGAUCGCACAAUCAACGAAGUGGAGAUGGUACUAGCGGAUGGCGCGGUGGUAAAGGCAAGUGAGAAGGAGAAUAAAGAUUUAUUUCGAGGAGCUGCGGGUGCGGUAGGAACACUGGGUGUUACGACCUUGGUCAAUCUGAAACUUAUUCGGGCCAAAAAGUAUGUGAAAACGACGUACUAUCCCACGCGUAGCGUUGCUCAGGCGGUCAAGGAAGUCAGAGAGCAGACGCAAGGUGGGAAGGGCGAUAAAAAUCACUACGUGGAUGGCGUAUUGUUCAGCAAAGAGCAUGGCGCAAUUAUUACGGGCGAGAUGACCGACGAGCUUCCAGUGAACACGAAGCCGCAAACAUUCAGCAGCCCUUGGGACCCAUGGUUCUAUCUGCAUGUCGAAGCAGCAACCCGCGCCUCCACAGCGCCAGUAGUUGAGUACAUCCCGCUCGCCGAGUAUAUGUUUCGUUACGAUCGCGGGGGCUUUUGGGUUGGUCGCUCGGCAUUCGGCUACAUGCGCUUUCCCUUCAACAAGUACACUCGGUGGUUCUUAGACGACUUUUUGCACACACGAAUGCUGUAUCGCGCUCUGCAUGCCUCGGGUAUUGCAACACGCUAUAUCGUGCAAGACAUGGCCCUACCGUAUUUAAAGGCCGAGAAGUUUAUCGACUAUACCGACAAGACGUUCAACAUCUGGCCAAUCUGGUUAUGUCCUCUGAAACAAAGCGAGCAGCCUACAAUGCACCCUCACACCAAAGGCGAGCUGAAAGAUGACCAGAUGCUAAACAUUGGGCUGUGGGGCUUUGGGCCGAAAGAUCCGAAGGAGUACCUUCGCAAGAAUCGCGCGCUCGAGAACACUCUAGGUGAAAUGGGUGGUAUGAAGUGGUUGUAUGCACAUACAUACUACAACAAGGACGAAUUCUGGGCACAAUUCGAUCGCAAAUGGCAUGAAGGGCUACGGAAGAAGUACAAUGCGGAGACGUUCCCUGGUGUAUAUGAUAAGGUGCAUGUUGACAUUGAGAAAUAUACGGCCAUGGCGAAGAAGGACUGGGGCUUGCGAUUGAGGGGUAUCUGGCCGCUUAGUGGAUUCUGGGGGAUUUGGAAGGCGAUACAAAGUAAAGACUACAUGGCCCAUCGCAAUUCGACGUGGAGAUGGAGAGAGUGAUGUAUGUACACUCUAGCAGUGUAUAGAAGACACAGUUGUGUGAGUAUGUAACAUUAAGAGUUAAUAAGACACGAGAGGAUUGCGAUAUUCUAGAUGUUUACGAAUUGCUCGUGCAGUUGCGUGGCAACCCUGGUAAAAGGUGAUCUCUAUUGUCAUGUAAGGAGCCAAUUUGACUUGCGGUAAACAGGAAUGAUAGCUCUGUCAAAUUCCCUGGACAACAAGUGGUAACG